GCUGUGUAUAUUUUGGAGUGCUGCCUGGACGGGAUGGGUGUUUACUUCCCACCCACCGCACACUUUUUUCUUUUGUUUUUCUCUUUUUUCUUUCUUUUUCUCUAGCUUUACAAUUUGUACAACAAUCAGCGUAUUAAUUUAACCGUUUAGUCAUGUUGUUCUUCCUUUCUUUCACCCUUCCUUGUCGAUGUGAAUAAUGUAAUCAAAGAGAGCUUUUGUCUCUCUGACACAUGUUCAUACAUAUACGCAUACAUACAAACACACGUGCAUCAAGCACACCGCUUACUACACCCCUUCAAAUAUGCGGAUAUCGUUCCUGGGUACUUGCAUAUCAGCCCCCACUAAAAACAAGAGGAAACCGUCAACAAACAUCACCGUAGCCACCGUCACUACUACUGCCAUUCAUAACAACAGCAACCCGUGCCAUUUAUGCCUGACAAGCGAUGCUAAUAGUAAGUCUUGUAGAAUGUGGGGAGUGAAAUUAUUUCUAAUACCCAAAUGUUCUUACAAAUCUAUCAGAGGAUUAAUCUUCAAGUAUAUGCAAUCACUAUCACCAUCGCUCACAGCAAGAACCAAACUCUUUUCCCUAUGACGGAAAUUAAUUAAAUAGAAAAUGAGUCGGUUUGUUGAAGCUAAUUUAAAACGCUUCUUCCCUUCUAAUAACGAAACUUAGAAGCUUAGCCUUACGAAGAGAGAAAGAAAGAAAGAAGAAACAAUUACUAAAGUCUCUCGACAUACCGACUGACUGAGCUAUUUACUUACAUAUUUACCUAGUUACUACCUAACCUUGUAGUUUUGCUGUUUAACAGCGAAAUAUUUUAAAUAUUCAAGAUUUAAAGAGAAAGAAAAUAGGAUUAUUUCGCGUGAGCCGUUUUUUCAGAGGUGGUUGUUCAUGGAACUGAAAUGGAUAUAGUCUUGAAGGAGAAAACUGGUUGAUUCUGGUUGGAAUUUACCUGAAUGGAACGAUGAAGUACUCGUUGCUUGAUGGCGCUGGCACACAGCUUGCUUCCUGCCACGCUUUAGGAUUAUUAUCUUUUGCAAAGAUUACGGCAAGGUGAAAAAAGAAAAAAAACGAAAAAGAAAACAAAUAAAGAAAAGCUGCUGGGUAAGAGGACCCGGCUUGCUUCUUUUUGCUUCUAUCUUCUACUUCUUUAGAAGUAGAAGAAGCAGGAGCCGCAGAAAAGAUUCUGCCUCACACUUGCAAGAAGCAGUGCCGUAACAGGCGACAGAAUUUUAAGGAAUUCGGGAUUUUUUGUUGUUGUUAUUUUUAAUUUCUUUUGUAAAAGAAAAGUUAAUAGAAACCAAACCCCAUCAAAAUAAUUAAUAAUAGGGGUCUAAUUAAAAAUGGCGUCGCCGCCCGAAGAAUGUUUCAUGCAAAGUCCUUUAGUUAUUUGGAUUGAUACUUUUCGGGAAGCAAAUUCUCCGGCGAUACAAUACAAAGAUAUUUACGGAGGUGUUUUCCUAACAACUGUAAUGAAUCAGAUUACACAAGGCUUUGAAAGAUUCAAUUCAGGAGACCCACAAACUGUUUACAGCAAAGUUAAUACUAACAUCAGUGAUGUUAAUGCUAGAAUUCAGAACUGGGAUAAUUUAGUAAAAAACAUUAAAGCAUAUUACUUGGAGGUCCUUCAACAAAUUUUAAUCAUGAGACUACCUAACAUUCAGUUAGUUUGUAGAGAACCUGAAAAGGAUGCUAGCUUUGAAGAGUUAAAGAAAGCUCUUUUACUUGUACUUGGUUGUGCUGUGCAGUGUGAGCGUAAAGAAUACUUCAUUGAGAAAAUAAAAACUUUAGAUAUUAAAGUACAGCAGGCAAUUGUUGAACUUAUAAAGGAGGUAACUGAUGACACUCAAACUGUACUUCCCACUGGCCCAUCUGAGCAACUGGAUGUCUAUUUGGAAAAAUCUCUUAAUCAUUUAAACAAACUCCUCAUUGAAAGAGAUGAACUUGCUGAAGCUGUUUCGGAACUUAAGCAAGAACAAGAAAUUUACCAGUCACAGAUUGAGGGAAAUACUACUUGGACUACUGGAAGUCCAGAGAAACAUCAUCUAGUUGUUGAAUUAGCAGAUUGUAAAGCCAAAGUGCGGAGACUUCGACAAGAAUUAGAAGAGAAGACUGAGCUUUUAUCUGAUGUCAUGGAUGAACUUGAUGAUAACAAGUCCCAGCUUCAAAAAACGAAGACUGAAUAUAAUGAAAUUUAUCAAGAAGCUAAAACAGCCAGAGCUUACAGAGAUGAGAUUGAUAUGCUCAGGGAAAAAGCUGUCAAGGUGGAAAGUUAUGAAAAUGAAAUCUUAAAAUACAAGGAAAAGCUCAACGAGUUGGAGUUCUGCAGAUCUAGAAUUGAUGAACUUAAGGAAGAUAACAGAAUUUUGGUGGAAACUCGUUCUAUGCUUGAGGAACAAAUAAGCAACACACACAAACGUAUGGAUGCUGUGAAAGAAUUAGAAAGGGACUUGAUGAAGUGUAAAAAUCAAAUGCAAGAGCUGACUCUGGAACUUGAUACUGAAAAAGAGAAGGUACGGGUAUUAACAGAAGAAAAUGCCUUGUUAGAAUUUGAGAAAAAAAAUCGACUACAACAAAACACUACUCUUGAGAAGGAACUUGAAGAAGCACACUCAAGGACUUCUGGCAUUAGUCUGUCUGACCAGCUGAAUGAAACUUCAAAUGCCAAAGUUCUUCGACUAGAAUUAGAAAAUCAGUUACUUCAGCAAAAGAUCGAAGAACUGAGAGAAAAUUCUUUAUUAGAAUGUAGUGCUCUAAAUUUGGAACAAGAGAAAGAGAAUAAGAGACUUUCUAAAAAAGUUGAAUCUUUGCAAGGAGAGAUGAAGUCACAAUCAGAGAGGUGUAUAGAGCUAGAACAGAAAACAAAAGAAUUUGCUGAUGAGAAGGAGAAACUUUUGCUUAUGAUUGAAACUGUCAAAGAAAAUACUGAAAGACAGCUGAAUGAGGUUAAAAGAGAAAAAGAACAUUUAGCUGAAACAAUAUCUUCACUGCGUGAGAGAAAUGAAAAAUCAAAUGAUAGCAGAGUGAAGGAACUUGAAAAAGAAAAUAAAAAUCUCCAUGACAAAGUUUCAGAAACUGCUGCCAAAAUUUCAAAAUUAGACUUUGAAUAUCAACAGCUUCAAAGGGCUAAUGACAAAAUGAAAGCCAACUGUGAAAGACUGAAUGAGCUUGAACAUUCCAACACUAGUUUAGAGCGUAUAAAUUCUGACUUGAAGAAUGCAGUCAGCACUCUAAAGCUUGCCUGUGAUAAAUAUAAAACUACAGAAGAGGAUAACUCUCGCUUAGAAAUAGAAAACAAAAAACUGAACAAAACUAUUGAAAGUCUUCAGUUAUCUUUAUCUAAGCAAGAAAUGCUUAUUGAAGAACACAUUUCGUUAACUUUAGAAAACCAGAAACUACAAAAGACUCUAGAGUCAUUAAAAGGUGCAACAGACAAAGUUCUAGAAUUGGAUAAUGAGAAAGAUGAACUAAAUCGGGAAAUUCAGCAAUUAAAGAAAACCAUUGAGUCUCAGCGAAUUGAACGGGUCAAAUAUGAACAGAUGGAAAUGGAUGUAUUAGAUAUGGACAAUGAGAACCAGAAGCUUCAGAAAACGUUAGAGAUGACCACCCGGCGUUUGCAACAGUUGGAGAAGGACAACAAUGACUUGGAAGUUGAAAAUGAAAAACUGCAAAUUUCCAUUGAGAGUUUGAAACUUUCCUGUAAGAAACUGGAAAACAAAGAAGAAGAAAAUAAAGAGUUGGAUAAUGAGAUAAUUAAAUUAAACAAGGACAAAUCAACCCUUGAGAAAGAAAAUAAAAAGCUCAAACAUGUUCUAGAAGCUACUGGAGCUCACUUAGACGAAAUCACCUCAAAGCAUAAUAUUCUUGAGAAAGACUAUAAAGCUUUAAAAAAGACCCUUGAUAAAAACAAAGAUGUUAAUGAGCGGAUACGGGAAUUUGAAAAAGAAAACAAAGAUUUACAGCAGCAACUUCUUGUAAACAAGAAGACACUUGCUACUUUGAGAGAGGAUUUGGUAAAUGAGAAGAUUCAGAUGCAACAGCUUCUGAAUGAACGAGAGAAACUUGGUCAAGAACUGGAACAGAUUGGUCUCAAGAGAGAAGAGCUAAUGAAGAAUCAUGAAUCAGAUGAAAGUCGGUUCCAGGUAUUUGAAAAUAUGAUGCAAGAUGCUAUAAAGAAAAAUACGGAAAUAAAAGACGACAAGAUUCUUUCAUUGGAGAGUAGACUAGAGGAGUCCAAGAACAGAAACAUGAAAUUACAAGAAGAACUUCGCUCAGUUAAGAGGGAUUGUGAAUCACUCAAACAACGACUUGAAGAAGAGUUCCAAGAUGGGAACAUAUCAUCUGUUGUAAAUAUCAGUAAUCCUACAAGACAGAUUUUGGAAAUAAAAGACAGAGUGGUUGAGGUUGAACGAGAUAAUGCUACAUUGCUGGCUGAAAAUAAAAACCUUAAGCGCCAACUAGAAGUAAUAGAUCAACAAAUAGCUAAAAAGGAUAAUGAUUACCACAAGCUUCAAUAUCAGUUAAGUACACUUCAUGAACAAAAUAACACCAGCCAUUCACAGCAUGCAAAGAUUGAAGUAGAGAACAAAACCUUACAGACACAGUGCACAUCACUGCAAGCACAGAACUCCUCAUUGCAAUCUCAGCUGAACAAUGCAGAUCUAGAGAAUGAGAGAAAUUUGCAGCGUAUUGAAGAACUACAAAACAAAUAUGACUCUUUAGUUUCUGCACAUGAAUCUUUGCAAAAGCUCCAUGAUGAUCUUACCACUGAAUAUGAGUCCCUUAUUUCUGAGCAUGGGUCUCUGAAAACCACACAUAAAUCAAGUUGUGGUGAAAUGAAAGACCUACAAGAUCAACUAUCUAUUUUACUUCGAGGCAAGAAUGAUAUCACUAAGCUGCGCGAAAUGCUUGAGAAAGAGAGGGAACAGUUGAAAGUAGAGUCCAAGUCACUGAGUAACCUGCAAAUUGAUUAUAAUCAAAUGAGGAACAAAUAUGAUAAUUUGCACACAGCAUAUAAGCGUUUGGAAAAGGAGCAUCAAGAUCUUGGAGUGGAGUACAAGAGAAUAAAAACUGAAUAUAAUGAUUUGCAACUCCGUUACACUGAACUUCAAGGAGAUGCUGCAGAAAGCAGGGAGCAGCUCAGCAAUACCGAUCUUGAGAUGACAAAACUAGCCACUCGUUGUGAAGCAAUCGAUCAAAUGAAUCAAAAGAUGGAAGAAGAAAAUAACCAACUGCUGUAUCAGAUGAAAACUUUGAUAAACCAAAAUCAAGAGCUUCUCAGUGAAGCUCUCAACAGUAAAGACCAGCAUGCAGAGACUGCAAAAGCUUAUCAAGAGAAAUUUGCUGAUUUGCGCCGGCAGAAAGAGAGACUAGAAGAGAAAAUAAUGGAACAUUAUAAGAUGCGCCUAGAAUCUCCCAAAAAACGCAGCCUGGGAGCCACUCUAGUACGGAAAGCAAGAGGUAUUAUAACACGGGUCCAUCGAACAAAAAGCAAGACAAAUUUAACCAAUUCUGAAAGUCCUGAUAACUCAUCUGUUGGUUCAGGAUCCUGUGGAGAAGCAGCUGAUGCUGAUAGUAAUAGUGGGCGAAGAAUUACCAAAGUACAGAAAACAAAUGAAAAAGCUCAUGAGGUUUCAUUUGUCAAGCAAAACAAAAGCUUUAUGAUGUCAACAACUCUGUUGCUUUACAAACUGGACUCCAACAAUGUUAGAGGUUCCAGAUCUAGUGAAGACCUUGUGAACUUUGAUUCUGCUAGUAGAGAUGGCACAUACUCUCUAGGAGGCAAAAUGGCUGAUGUAGAUGAUGACUAUCAUCGAUCCCCUUCAACAAUUCAUGGUAGACAAUCUCCAGGCAGCGAACUUCUCACACUAGAACAAUUUCUUAAAGAAUCAAAUCCUGAUUCUCCUACAUUGAGAACCAAAGGUCAAGAAAGGAAACUGAACGAAGGUGUCAGUUUUUCCCAAAGUGAACAACUGAAGAGAAAUAAAAUAUCUGAUGGUUCUUCUAAUUUGAAUCCUAGUGGAAAAUAUGUUCAGCAAAAAUAUCCCGUGAGAACUGAGCAAGACCAUUAUCAACGGCACGUUUUUGAGCAGUCUAACCAAAACUCUACCUUAAACCAUUCCAACUCUUCCAGACACUUAUCAGAACCAUUUUCAAAUACCCUAGAUCCAUCAUCAAAAGUCAUAAAUAAUUCUUACCAAGAACUGUCCAAAGUGUCUCAUAGUUCUUCUAACAAUGGUGAGAGUACAGGAGAUAGUAAAACAGAUCUGCACUCCACCUAUGUCCAGCCAGUAACUAAUAAAGAUGGUGUAAAAACUCCUACUCCUAAAGUUAGACGACACUAUCCAGAGAGUAAUUAUUUCCAGAAUCACCGCUAUCAGACAGACAGUCAACAAGCUGAUCACUUACAGUCUCAGAAUUCUGUCUCACAAGAGCCAUCCUCAUACACUGUAUUGAGGUCUGCUAAAUCUCACAAUCGCAUUGCUACUCAACAAGCACCACAAUCCCAUGAUUUAUCAAAUCGGUCAGUCACUCCUGGUACUGUUGACCAGAUGUAUGUCCCUGCACAUGUCAAUCAGUCAAUGCCAUACCCAGAGCCACAUUACUUAUCUCGUGAACAGUCUCCCAUGAGUGAUAACCGACAGAGUAACUUUAUGAAGCCAGCUGAAAGGCCUUCUUCUAUGCACUUCAACAAUCAACCAAAUCAAGGGCCUUCUUCACGCCCUACAGGAUCUGCUUCCCCUUUCCCCCAAAAACCAAGAGACUCUCCUAACCUCUACAAAACGGAUCCCACUCUCUCUAAAAGUGAACUGUCUUUAAAUAAAAGAACAUCACGAUCUCCUGAGUAUGCUUACGACAAUGCAGCAUCUAACCAAACAUUUAAUGACUAUCACUCAUUAGGCAUGUCUGUUGACAAACCUACAUCUUCAAAUAACAUUUUGGAGAUCUGCGAAGCAGAUGAGGCUUAUCCAUAUCGGUCUCGCUCACGGGGUACCCCUCCAAUUCCAGCUCCAAAACCAAUAAACAGAGACCCCAAUAAUUACACACACACUGUUACUAACAAUUCUAAUCACCAAGACACACAUCAGAUGCUGCCUACAUCAUCAUCUUCAUCUUCAUUGUUACAAUCACAGGCUGGAUAUUCUCGAAAUUCCAGUGCACAACCAAGCUAUACAGGAGGCAACGUGAAAAAUGCUCCAAUGGCAAGAAUCUCCCCACAAACAAAAGCCUCAAAACAACCACAAAACAUCCAGCAGCACCUCAGCAAUACCACUACCACUACUCCCACCACAACUACAACUACUAACAGCAACAGCAAGUCACCAGACGAAUCAAAGGACCCCAAAACCAAUUCUGUGUGGUAUGAAUAUGGUUGUGUAUAAAAACAUAGUCUUCCCCCACUUUCAUUGCUGCUCUUUAUAAUGUUAACAUGUGGUUGUUUUUGCUGACCACUUUCUGCCAUCUGCUUCCAUUUCUACAUUCCAAACCAUAAUUUAAAUCUGCAGAUUAAAUAACCUCACCUUUGUAGUUUCAAAA